AUGCCAACAGAUCAGUUGUUGCUGAGAAAUGACCUGAUGCGGUUGUUUUCCUUGGCCGAGAUUGACUACAAGCAGCUCUUGACAUACGACAAAUACGGUUCAAUAUUAAAUCAGAAUAAGCAUUGUGUCAAUCUCUACCUGGUGGAUCACAACUGCCUGAAAGAAAUAAUCGAUCAUCGCGAGGAUAGUGGUCUGUAUUCUGGCGUUUCCAAGCAUAUUUCCUUCAAUCCAGCGGAAUCUCGCGGCGUGGGUUCUUGUGGCACGUUAAUCGCCUCCAUUCUUCGCGAAACCCCAUCCAUUCCUUCUCUUUCCGAGUGUUGCUUGCUCUUAGAAUCCGCAGUUCUUUUAGACACUCUGAAUCUCACCUAUUCUUUCAAAACCACUCCCCAGGACAUCGAGGCGGUGUCUUGGCUCGAGGCUCAUCGACGCAGCCCUCCUAGUAUCACGCAAAACGAAUUAUUUGAUACACUGUCAACCGCAAAAUUCGAUCCCCUGUUUUGGGAGUCGUUGAGUGCUCGAAAUGCUCUGGCUCUGGAUUACAAAACCAUCCCAAUGCAGUCGUUGCGAGUUGGAUGGAGCGCUGUGCUCCUUCCGAUCGGCGCGCUGCAGAGAAAGCAGGGAUUGAAAGAAGAAAUGGAUGAGAUUAUCAGAAAGGAAAGGCUGGAUUUAAUGCUGGUUUCGAGUACUGUAAAAGAGAAGGUGGUGCGCAGAGAAUUGUUGAUGACCUGCCCAGAGGGUUGCGACGAGGAGUUGAAGAGGAAAAUCGAAAAGGUGGAGCAAACGUUAGAGAUGAACGAAGGAAAUAGCUCAGCUGCUCAAAUACGAUUGUUUGUUCAAACACGACUGGAAACUAUUUCUAUCCUACUCAAGCAGAUGUCGCUCGAGUUUUCGCAGGCUUCGAGCCAGACAAUAAAUCAUAUUGAUCGAAUAAAGGCGAUAAUAGCCACAGUGGGUACGCAAGAUUCUGAAAGCAAGGAGGAAAGGGCAAAGAAGGAGCGAGAGGUUAAAAUGUUACUACUUCAGAUAAAUAGGCUUUCCCGAGGUUUGUUCGGGGAGUUGAGUAGAUUUGAAAAGUCGAUCGAGGACGCAUUACUAAAAUCACAAGGGGUUUUACGUGAUCUUCACGGAUUAGAAAUCGAGAACACCUGCCUGCGUCAUUCACUUGACAACUGUAAAUCUUUUACAACACCUCAGUAUGAUCGUGUGAUUAGUGACACGCAUCCUGUUGAACUGACAAAAGAGGACGGUGAUAAAACACUCUUCGAAAAGCAAGCUGAAGAGUUAAAGCAUGAGUUGAACGAACGAAAACGCAUAAAGAACGAACUCGAAGAAGCCAAGCAGCUGAAGAGACAGCGCGUUCUUGCCUCGAUGCAUCUGAAGCACAUGGCUCAGAACGUAGUGACUCCGCAGUUAAAGAAGCUGGAGGAGAAAGUCAUUCAAAAGCAUCACAGAGAGCUAUAA